GUGCCCUGCGGUCAGACCAUGUGGUAACCGCGGCGGUGGCGACAGGGACGUGCCACCGCUGUUUCCUAUCGGCGGCAACUCAUCCUCACCACCGCAACCGCCUGUGAAUGGUCCAGCCCAGCCGACAGCCCUCCCCCCGCCCCCUCCGCGCUCUGCCUGCAGCUGAAGUAACGGUCCAUCGUGCGCCGCCGCUUCCAUCCCGUGCGUGGCUGCUCACCGUCGCCGCUCACUCGCUAUGGCCUCUGGAGUAACAGUGCACGAUGAAGUUAUUAAAGUCUUCAAUGACAUGAAAGUAAGGAAAUACUCAUCGCCAGAAGAAGUCAAAAAAAGAAAGAAAGCAGUGCUAUUCUGCCUGAGUGAUGAUAAAAAGCAGAUAAUUGUAGAGGAUGCCAGAGAAAUUUUGGUGGGCGAAAUUGGAGAAUCUGUGCAGGACCCCUACGCGUCCUUUGUUAAGUUACUACCUUUGGCCGACUGCCGUUAUGCUUUGUAUGACGCUACAUAUGAGACAAAAGAAUCCAAGAAAGAAGAUUUGGUAUUUAUAUUCUGGGCUCCAGAAUUGGCAUCCCUUAAAAGCAAGAUGAUAUACGCUAGCUCAAAGGAUGCUAUUAAAAAGAAAUUUACAGGUAUUAAACAUGAAUGGCAAGUUAAUGGAUUAGAAGAAAUUCAGGACCGUACUACACUCGCAGAAAAACUGGGAGGCAAUGUGGUGGUGGUUUCUCUUGAAGGAAUAUCUUUACAAAAUGACAAUUGAGUGCCAUCUUGACCAAUGGAGCUUCCACUUCUGCAGCUCUAUUAUAAUUUGAUCAGAGUUGGAAUAGUUUAGUGUUUUUUUUCCACCUAAAGGAGAUCUCAUUAAUUUAAAGCAACCAAUCUGCGGCUGCACUUAGACUGUAUGACCCCUGUAGUUUUAUGUAGAAUCUCAAGGAAUGCUUUCACAUCAUUCAUUCUAGCCAAAAUAAUUGUCGUUGCAUGCAUUCCUUGUACAAUGAAUGAGAACGUUUUUGUGAGUAGUUUAGAACACUAAUUAUAACUUUUGAAAACCUCGAGUAUUGUCCACUGGUCAGGUGGUAGCCAUCAAUUCACCACUGUAAUUGUUAAAAUUGCACUUGAUCAUAGUUCCAUGAGGCUCUUGUGCAUUCAUAACCCACUCCUGCCUUGAUAUCACUUUGUCAUGGCAGCAUGUGUUCUACACUUUGCAUCAAAAGCACUUUUUGUAACGUUUUUGUUUUAAAAAAAAAAGGAAUGCCAACCAAGUUUCUGCAGUUGCAUCAUCAGUGAAUUGUAACUCUUGUAUUUUCAUUCCUGUUGUGCAGACCUUAAGGAAAGAGUUGUUUAUGUUGCCUUUUGUUUCCAGUGGAAUGUACGCUACUGAAAAAGAAUGCGAGUCAAUGUUUACCGUGUUAAUCUUUUUAAACAUUGAAACAGACAUGCAAAAUUAGUCAUGAUGGCAGUUACUGUAUACUGGAGCCUUAAAUGGAACGCUGUUUUUGAGAUCAGAAAUUUGGCCACGCUUACAAUAAAAUUUGUGGUUUAUGGCCAA